AUGGAGAGCAACUCUUCUCAUGAUGAAUAUGAAGAUAAUGAACAAUUUGAGUUUUCAGAUGAAACAGAUAGUGAAGAAUCUGCAGAUCAAUAUCCCAAUCUUGUAUUUCUAAAUGACGAAGGAGUGGAUUAUCGAAAUGAGUGUGAAAUUCUUUAUGGGGCUGCAUUGAAAGAUAAUUGGAAGUCAGCUGAAUCAAUUUUAAAAGAGAAUCUAUGGCUUAUUCAUGAAAACAUAUCACAUGAACUUGGAUCAAUACUUCACAUUGCAACACAAGCAAAUAGUAUCCGAUUUGUACUAGAGUUGAUGAAAUUGAUGAAAGCGACUGACUUAGAAUUGAAAAAUAAGUAUAAGAAUACCGCGUUUUGUGUUGCAGCAAUGUCAGGUUUCGAUGAUAUUGCUAAAGCAAUGAGGAAAAAAAAUGAGAAUUUGCCAAACAUCCGUUGUGGUAUCGAUGAAUUAUUACCAAUCGUUGCAACGGCUCAAUGUGGAUAUAAAGCUAUGGUAUUAUACCUUUAUGAAGUCACAAAUCUUGAUACAAUGUUGCCAGAAGAACGCUUAAACCUUCUUGAGAUCACUAUCACGAAUGAGAUGUAUGAAGUAGCAUCAAAUAUAUUCAACAAUGAAAAAAUAUUAGCAGAAAAAAUGUUACAAAAAAGAAGUGCUUUCUUAUACAUGUUAGCUCAAAGGUCGUUAGCGAUUAGUAAACAAGAAGGGUAUUUGAAGGGAAUCAAUGAAGUAGCUUAUUCUCCAGUGUGGAAGAAGAUAAUUAUCAGCGCGAUUUCUAUGGUGAAGAGCCAAUUCAUUACGGUGGAAAAGAAUUUACUGGAAAAACAAGCUGGUCGACUAUUUGAGGAACUUUGGACGGAGUGUAAGAAAAAUGCAGAGAAAAGACUAUUGAAAUACCUGGAAAAAGAUAAAUUGCUUCAUUUUGCUGCAAAAACAGGAAAUGUAGAGUUUUUAGUUGUGGCUAUUAAUAAUCAUCCUGAUUUGAUAUGGAAACUUGAUCGAGGUUGGUCUAUUAUACAUGUUGCCGUUUUAUAUCGAGAGGAAAAAGUAUUCAAUCUUAUACAUCAAAUUGGAGGAAUGAAAAACUUACUCAUUCAAAAAAUUGAUGCUAAUGGCAACAACAUUUUACAUUUGGUUGGGAGGUUAGGACUGUCAAAUAAUACAUUUGAUAAUAAGGAGAAAAUUAUGCCGCCAUCAUUUCUCAAGGUUUCUGGAGCGGCACUACAAAUGCAAAGAGAAAUACUAUGGUUCAAGGAAGUGGAGAAACUUGUACCACCUUUUUUACUCAAGUUAAAAAACAAAGAUGGAAAAACCCCUAGAGAAUUAUUCACGGAAGAGCACAAGGAAUUACUGAAAGAUGGUGAGAAAUGGAUGAAAACAACAGCAGAAUCUUGUAUGCUUGUUGCAAGUUUGAUUGCUACGAUGGUGUUUGCUGUUGGCUUCACUGUGCCAGGCGGUAAUAAUAGUAGUAACGGUAUUCCAGUAUUGCUAAACUCGAAAGGAUUUAUGGUGUUUGUCAUAUCAGAUGCAGUGGCACUAUUCAGCUCAAUCGUUUCCAUCACUAUGUUCUUGUCCAUUCUCGUAUCUCGCUAUGGUGAAGACGAUUUUCUUGUGUCAUUACCUGCCAAAUUAUUUUUUGGACUUACCGCGCUAUUUCUCUCCAUAGUUAGCAUGCUCGUGGCGUUUGCAGCAACAUUUUUUUUGGUCUAUAGUAAUCAUACCAUUUGGGAGCCAAAGCUCAUUAUUGUUUGUGCUGGUAUUCCUGUAGCUUUAUUUGGGUGUUUACAGUAUAAACUAUGGUUUGAUGUGGCAAGAUCCACAUAUAGGUCCAAGUUUCUUUUUAGAUUAGACAAGCACAAAGUUUGUUAACAACAAACCCUUCAUAAC